UGUCUGAGGAUGAGUGAGUGAGAUGAUCAGGGUUUAGGGAGAAGCAGUUCCAGGUCUAUUAUUCUUUGUUGCAAAACUCUGCCAUGAAAAGCUUGUUUUCUCUCUUGCAGAUUAUCUUCCCCUGGAAACAUGGAGACAUCUUCAUCUCUGCCACUGUCACCCAUAAGUAUAACACCAGAACAGCCCAGCCAUCGAGAUUAUGCCAUCACAACUAGACUUGGAGUUGGAACUACAGGCAACCCAAUAGAAUUGUGCACCAAUCACUUCAACGUUUCUGUGAGACAUCCGGAUGUAGUAUUUUACCAGUACACUGUUAGUAUCACCACAGAAAAUGGUGAUGAUGUCAAUGGGAAAGGGAUAAGAAGAAAGCUUAUGGACCAACUAUUCAAGACUUACUCUUCUGAUCUUGAUGGUAAAAGGUUGGCAUAUGAUGGAGAGAAGAGUUUAUAUACUGUUGGUCCUCUGCCACAGAAUGAAUUUGACUUUCAAGUCAUCUUGGAAGGUUCAUUUUCAAAACGUGAUGCUGAUAUCUCUAAUGGUGAUAGUUCUUCCGGUACUUGCAAGAGAUCAAAAUGUUCUUUCUUGCCAAGAAGUUACAAGGUUCAGAUACAUUUUGUUACCAAAAUACCAUUAAAGACUGUUCUUGUCACUCAGAGAGGAGCUGUUACACCAGAUAAGAGUGCCCAGGAUGCACUUAGAGUGCUUGACACUGUUCUGAGGCAGCAAGCAGCUGAAAGGGCAUGCCUUUUGAUCAGGCAGGCAUUUUUCCAUAACAAUGGGUACUCCUUUGACAUUGGAGGAGGUGCAAAAGGUCUUCGAGGUUUCCACUCGAGCUUUCGUCCAACCCAUGGAGGACUCUCGCUUAACAUUGAUGUGUCAACAACAAUGAUCGUAGAAGCGGGUCCAGUUAUUGAAUUCCUGAAAGCCAAUCAAAGUGUUGAGUCCCCACGACAAAUCGACUGGAUUAAGGCCGCAAAAAUGCUUAAAAAUAUGCGGGUAAAGGCAUCACACCGAGACAUGGAAUUUAAAAUCAUAGGUCUAAGUCAGAAACCGUGCAAUCAGCAACUGUUUUUGAUGAAGAUCAAAGAUGGUGAACGUGAAGAACAGACUAGAGAGAUUACUGUGUAUGACUAUUUCAAGCAAACUUACACACAGCCUACUUCUUCUGCGUACUUGCCAUGCCUUGAUGUUGGCAAGCCAAAUCGCCCUAUCUAUCUUCCUCUGGAGUUUUGUAAUCUUGUAUCUCUGCAACGUUAUACAAAAGCAUUGUCAGGGAGGCAAAGAGCUUCACUUGCCGAAAAAUCAAGACAAAAACCUCUAGAUAGAAUUAAAACACUCAAUGAUGCAAUGCAUACCUAUGACAAGGACCCAUUUUUGGCUGGAUGUGGCAUCUCAAUUGAAAAACAAAUGACUCAAGUUGAAGGUCGGAUUCUCAAGCCCCCAAUGCUCAAGUUUGGCAAGAAUGAAGAUUUUGAACCUUGCAACGGACGGUGGAACUUUAACAACAAGAUGCUUCUAGAACCAAGACCUAUUAAAAACUGGGCUGUCGUCAACUUUUCUUUUCCAUGCGACAGUAGUCACAUUUGCCGUGAGCUUAUAAGCUGUGGCAUGAAGAAAGGCAUUGAAAUUGAUCGACCUUUUGCACUAGUUGAAGAAGAUCCACAGUAUAAAAAAGCAGGUCCUGUUGAAAGGGUAGAAAAAAUGAUUGCAAAGAUGAAGUUGAAAUUUCCAGAUCCUCCUCAUUUUAUCCUCUGUGUCCUGCCAGAACGGAAAACUUCUGAUAUCUAUGGUCCCUGGAAGAAGAUUUGCCUCACUGAUGAAGGGAUCAACACACAGUGCAUCUGCCCUAUCAAGAUCAGUGACCAAUAUCUCACCAAUGUACUUCUGAAGAUAAAUUCUAAGCUUGGAGGCAUCAAUUCUCUGCUGGGGAUAGAGUAUUCUUACAACGUUCCAUUGAUAAACAAAAUUCCCACCUUGAUUUUGGGUAUGGAUGUAUCUCAUGGGCCUCCAGGUCGGGCAGAUGUUCCUUCAGUAGCAGCGGUUGUUGGUUCAAAAUGCUGGCCCUUAAUCUCAAGGUAUAGGGCAGCUGUAAGAACUCAGGCACCACGUCUGGAGAUGAUUGAUUCGCUCUUCCAACCUAUCGAGAACACUGAGAAAGGAGAUAACGGUAUCAUGAACGAACUAUUUGUAGAGUUCUAUCGGACAAGCAGGGCACGAAAGCCUAAGCAAAUUAUCAUUUUCAGGGAUGGUGUGAGUGGAUCACAGUUCAACCAAGUCUUGAACAUCGAGGUGGACCAAAUAAUAAAGGCGUAUCAACGUCUUGGUGAAUCUGAUGUGCCAAAGUUCACUGUCAUUGUGGCUCAGAAGAAGCACCACACCAAGUUGUUUCAAGCUAAGGGUCCUGAAAAUGUUCCUGCAGGAACUGUUGUGGACACCAAGAUCGUACACCCGACAAACUACGAUUUUUACAUGUGUGCUCAUGCAGGAAUAAUAGGAACUUCAAGACCGGCCCAUUACCAUGUAUUACUUGAUGAGAUUGGUUUCUCCCCAGAUGACUUGCAGAAUCUGAUCCAUUCCCUCUCCUAUGUCAACCAACGUAGCACAACAGCAACUUCGAUUGUGGCCCCAGUGCGAUACGCUCAUCUGGCAGCAGCUCAGUUUGCGCAAUUCAAUAGGUCUGAAGAGAUGAUACUAGAGGACGGGAAAGUUGCAGAGCUACCACGUCUGCACGAGAGAGUGGAAAGCAACAUGUUCUUCUGCUGAGUAGAUAUAAAGUAGUUCUGCGUCCCCUAUCUCUCUCGCUAGUAUAACUAAACCAAAUCUUCUCUAUAGAGGAAGUUGAUCAUUUUGCAUA